AUGAUCGGACUCUUCGUUGCGAGCUUGACCUGGGGACUGGCCGAGGCGAAAAGCCUGUGGUCGUCGGCGCCUGCGACCUUUCCAGACAUCAUCAGGCAAGCCUUCCCCGUCGGCAAUGGAAAGCUGGGCGCAUUGCCCUUCAGCGAUCAAGGGGUAGAGAAACUCAGCCUGAACGUCGACUCGCUCUGGUCUGGCGGUCCAUUUGAAGCCAGCAAUUACACGGGCGGUAACCCCACGACGCCGAAAUACGAGUACUUGGCUGGCAUCCAGGAUUGGGUUUGGCAGAACGGGACUGGGAACGUCUCGGAGCUCUUGGGCAAUUUCGACAACUAUGGAUCUUUCCGCGUGCUGGGCAAUUUCAGCGUCGCCAUCGACGGCGUCACGUCGUUUUCUGGCGAGUACAACCGCUCCCUCGACCUGGCAGCAGGUGUCCAUUCGACUACCUUUCAAGACCAGGACGGCAACCCCUUCACCAGCACCGUCUACUGCAGCUAUCCUGAUCUCGUUUGUGUCUACGAACUGAGCGCUCGGAAUGUAUUGCCCUCGGUCACUGUUUCGUUUGAGAAUCAGCAAGCGGAUGACGGACUAAACAACUUCACCUGCAACGCCGCACGGGUCCAGGUAAAUGGCUUGACCCAGGCCGGACCGCCGGAAGGAAUGAAAUACACGGCUAUUGCCCAGCUCAUUGGAGCCACCAACUACUCGUGCAGCAAUGGCGCCUUGACGGUGGGCUCUGCGAAGAACACGUCUUCGUUGACUUUCAUCAUCGCCGCCGAGACAAAUUACGACCAGAAAGCUGGCAAUGCAGAGAGCAGCUUCUCUUUCAAAGGCCCCGAUCCGGGACCCAAGGUCGAGGCAGUAAUUUCGGCGGCCGCGGACUACUCCAGCAAGCGUCUCCUAGAACGCCAUAUCGCCGACUACACUGACCUCACUGGCGCUUUCGUUUUGGAUCUGCCCGACACAAACAUCUCUGCGGGUGUGGAGCUGUCAGAGCUCAUUAAUCGCUACAAUGCCACCGAAGCAGGCCUUGGCGAUCCGUAUCUCGAGUCACUGCUCUUCGACUACGCCAGACACAUGCUGAUUUCGUCUGCCAGGCCGGGCGUGUUGCCGGCGAAUCUGCAAGGAAAGUGGAGCCAGACGCUAGAGGGCGCGUGGGCCGUCGACUACCACGGAGACAUCAACCUGGAGAUGAACUACUGGAUAGCGGAUCAGACGGGGCUUGGCCAUCUCCAGGCUGGCCUGUGGGACUACAUGCAAGACACGUGGGUUCCGCGUGGGUCUCAGACGGCCGAGCUUCUGUACAACGCGCCGGGAUGGGUACUAGACGGCGCAUCGAACAUCUUUGGACACACAGGAAUGAACAGUGACCUCCACAUGAUUUCUGGUGUCUGGAUGAUGCAGCACGUCUACGAUCACUUCGACUACACUGGCAACACGACGUGGUUGUCCACACAAGGAUAUCCUCUUAUUCGCGGCAUUGCCGAGUUCUGGCUCUCCCAGCUCCAGCAGGACCAAUGGUUCAAGGACGGCACGCUCGUCGUGAAUCCGUGCAACAGCCCCGAGCAGCCUCCCACUACAUUUGGCUGCACGCAUUUCCAACAGCUCAUCCACCAGGUCUUGACGUAUGUCGAAGUAGCCGGAUCACUUGGCGUUGAGACGGAUGCAGCGUUCCUCUCCAAUGCAUCAUCCGCUCUCAGCAACCUCGACACCGGCCUGCACAUUGACGAGUCGUGGGGCGGCAUCAAGGAGUUCAAAGCCCCCACCGAAGUGACUGGCCUGGACAUUCCCACCGACACGCACCGCCACCUGUCCCACCUCGUCGGCUGGUACCCGGGCUACAGCCUCGCCUCCAUCCUGUCGGGCUACGCCAACUCGACCGUCACGGACGCCGUAGAUGCUGCCCUCGCCGCCCGUGGCAACGGCACGGGCCCGGACGCCGACGCCGGCUGGGGCAAGGUGUGGCGCUCCGCGUGCUGGGCGCGCCUCAACAACACCGACCAGGCCGAUGCUGCGCUUCGGUACGCCAUUGCCAGGAACUUUGCCGGAAAUGGGUUCAGCAUGUACAGCGCGCACGACACGCCCUUCCAAAUCGACGCAAACUUCGGUCUUGCUGGGGCCAUGCUGAGCAUGCUGGUGGUGGACUUGCCCGUCUUCUCGGGAGAAACGAAGACCGUGGUGCUGGGUCCGGCCAUCCCUGCUCGUUGGGGUGGUGGUAGUGUCAAGGGAUUGAGGCUGAGGGGCGGAGGCGAAGUUGACUUCAAGUGGAAUGCAAAUGGCUUAGUUACCGAGGCUUCCUUGGCCGGAAGGACGGAAUCCAUCGUGGUUGUGAACAAGGAUGGAGAAGUGCUGGCUGAAGUCUGA